GUGCGUGUGUGUGUGUGUGUGAGAGUGACCCGAGGGCCCGUGUUCUCCUCCGCAGACGUUACACAGAAAAUGGAGCGUGUGCCUUUAAGGCGCCCGACUGCCUGUCGCUUUGUGCUGCGGAGAGACUGACGCCCUCUGGACACAGUGGACACCAGAGCGGCGGCUGAGCACCAUCCUGGAGGAGUUCAAAGGGAGAAAACAGCCAUCGUUCCCCCGAAGAGAAGAAAAGCGGCCAACCGUUAACAGCGCUUUGGUGUUCCCAGUGUGGUGCUGGUGGGCCGUCAGGAUGAGGCUGGGUCAGCCGAUGCUCCCCGCCGCCGCCGCCGCCCUCCUCCUCCUCUCCGCGCUGCCCCUGACCUCCGGCUGCAACAAAGCGCUGUGCGCCAGCGACGUCAGCAAGUGCCUCAUCCAGGAGCUGUGCCAGUGUCGUCCGUCGGAUGGGAACUGCUCCUGCUGUAAAGAGUGCAUGCUGUGUCUGGGGAACCUUUGGGAGGAGUGCUGCGACUGCGUAGGGAUGUGUAACCCCAAGAACUACAGCGACUCUCCGGCCACGUCCAAGAGCACGGUGGAGGAGCUCCACCGCCCCAUCCCCUCGCUGUUCCGCGCCCUCACGGAAGGCGACGCUCCCAUCAACAUGAUGGUGGUGUCCUUCCCCGUCGCCGAGGAGCUCUCCCAUCACGAGAACCUGGUGUCCUUCCUGGAGUCGCUCGACAACCAGCCCCAGAACGUGUCCGUGCCCGGCAACAGCAUCCACACCAGCUACGACACUCACGAAAACAUGUGCACGGUGGUCUACUUUGACGACUGCGUGUCUAUCCGCCAAUGCAAACUUUACUGUGAGUCAAUGGGAGGAUCCAAGUACCGCUGGUUUCACAACGCCUGCUGCCAGUGCAUCGGCCCCGAGUGCGUGGACUAUGGCAGCAAGGUGGUGAAGUGCAUGAACUGUCUCUUCUGAAGCGGGCACAUAUUGGUACCAAAUGUCUGGGAGCCUUCCAGAGCGUACCAGAGGACUGAGGGCAGAGGAAACUAUGACUGCUAUGUGUUAGCAUUCCUCACUUACCUUGUAAAAUACCCCCUGCACCCCUCCUCCUACCACGCAAAUUGUUUUUAUUCUGCUGUUAUAUUUUACUGUAUAUUUUUAGAUGUUUUUAUAGUGUUUUUUAAUUAGAGGUGUAUAUGAAUUAUGUAUUUUUACAAUUACGAUCUGCUAAAUCCCAGUCUCAUGCCAAAUAAAGAGUAGUUUGGUGAC